AUGGCUUUGCCUGGAAGCUUACGGAGGCAGCCUGCAAACAGAGGCCUUGUGUCUCAUUGCCCCCUCCUGCUGACCUUCUUCAGUUACUCCCUGCUCCAUGCUUCCAGAAAGACAUUCAGUAAUGUCAAAGUCAGCAUUUCCAGCCAGUGGACUCCUGCCUGCCUGAACAGCACGGCCCCUGAGCUCCGGCCCUAUGAGCUCUGGAACAGCAGCCAUUUAUUUCCAAAUGCAGAAGAAGCAACUCUCUUCUUGGGGACAUUGGACACUAUCUUUUUGUUUUCCUAUGCUAUGGGUCUUUUUGUCAGUGGCAUAGUUGGGGAUCGCCUGAAUUUACGCUGGGUUUUGUCUUUUGGCAUGUGUUCCUCUGCUCUGGUGGUAUUCAUCUUUGGCACACUCACAGAAUGGUUGCAUUUCUACAACAAGUGGUUCUACUGCUGUCUCUGGGUUGUGAACGGCUUGCUGCAGUCUACUGGUUGGCCCUGUGUGGUUGCUGUCAUGGGCAAUUGGUUUGGAAAAGCUGGGAGAGGUUUUGUGUUUGGACUCUGGAGUGCCUGUGCAUCUGUGGGAAAUAUCCUCGGGGCAUUCCUUGCCUCCUGUGUUCUCAAAUACGGCUAUGAGUAUGCUUUCUUGGUGACUGCCUCGGUACAGUUUGCAGGAGGAGUCAUUGUCUUCUUUGGGCUCCUGACAUCGCCAAAGGAAGUGGGCCUCCCUGAGCUUGGAGCAGAUGAAGACGGCAGUGUGGAGGAAGAUGCCAACAGACCUUUAAUGGGCGGUGAUGAUGCAGAUGAUGAUGACCGGAAUUACUCUAUUCAAGCAACUGACACUGACAACCAGCCAAAGGCCAUUGGCUUUUUCCAGGCUUGUUGCCUUCCGGGUGUAGUACUGUACUCUUUGGCCUAUGCCUGCUUGAAACUGGUGAAUUACUCAUUCUUCUUCUGGCUGCCCUUCUACCUCAGCAACAACUUUGGAUGGAAAGAAGCAGAAGCUGACCAGCUCUCAAUCUGGUAUGAUGUGGGAGGAAUCAUAGGUGGGACUAUCCAGGGCUUGAUUUCUGAUGUGCUACAGAAGAGAGCCCCAGUGCUAGCAAUUAGCCUGCUCUGUGCUGUAGGCUCUCUUUUUGGAUACAGCCGUUCUCCAAACAGCAAACCUAUCAAUGCUGUGAUCAUGACAAUUACAGGAUUUUUCAUCGGAGGCCCUUCUAACAUGAUCAGUUCUGCAAUUUCUGCUGACCUGGGGCGCCAGGAUCUGGUGAAAGGCAGCAGCGAGGCUCUGGCAACAGUCACGGGAAUUGUGGAUGGAACUGGCAGUGUUGGUGCUGCAGUGGGCCAGUACCUAGUGUCUUUGAUCCAGGAGAACCUGGGAUGGAUGUGGGUGUUCUAUUUCUUUAUUCUAAUGACAAGUUCAACAAUCCUGUUCAUUUCACCAUUAAUAGUGAGGGAGAUCAAAUUGCUUCUGCAUGAGCGGCACCUGCGAAUGCUGGCUGAGUGA